GUGACGUUCGCAGGAGGCGGGGUUGGUGUUAAUGGCGGCCCUGUCUCAGGCUCGGAGGGGAAUUUGAGCCGCGGGCUUGAUUUGUGGAUCCUGUCCGUCGAGAGUCUCAUCUCUCCCCGUUUCCUCACCAGUCUCCAAGGCGGAAGCAGUGGUGAAGUCGGGAGCUGCCGGUGGCAGGAUAGCCGUGUCCUGAGGAAGCUGAUGGCGAAGCGGAUGAAGAGCGAAUAUAUGAAGCAGUUUAAGGGGCCGCAGUGGGAGAUUCACAGCAGCUGCUACUCGGACCGGCUUCAAUACCGCAACAUGAGGCGGCUGCUCGAACAGGCCCACAUCCCCUGGAUCUGGAGCGGCUGGGACUCGGACUCCAGCUCUGGCUCCUCCACCCCCAGGGACCGGGCAGAACCGAUUUCCCCGGAGCCCGAGGAUUCGCCCCGGCCUCAGAACCAAACUGCGGCCGCCGAGCCGUCCGAGCCCGAGCCCCAACCCCCAGUGAAUGAAACAGUUCUUCAGCUGAAUCAGAAAGAUAAAGAUGAGGGACAGACAAAGAGUGAAUUGUGUGUCCAACCAGCUCUUGAUUAUCAUCGUGUAAGGAAUGCAAAUUUGGGAAAAUCACGAAAAGCACCCAAAUUGACAACACCACCUGCUGCCUUGAAAGAAAGCAAACCUCCGUUUGCAAUGUUUGGCUGGGCGGAGAGGGAGGCUGAGGUGGGCUGUAAAAAGACAUACAAUGUCAGUGCUUCUGCUUUGAGAGGACAGAUUUAUGAAUCUGCAGUACGUGCCCAAAACAGACGUCAGGUGCAGAGAGCGAUGCGCAUGCCUCAGAGACGACCCCGGGGCAAAGUGCCACUGACCACCCACUCAUCUGACCGGCAGUAUAAAUUUUCCCCAGGACACAAAUCACUUUCUGAGCACUUGCAAGUUCGCGUGUUGAAGCCUGUUAAGGAAGAAGAUCCCUGGCUGUCUGAAUACAUGCGAUGUUACUCAACACGGUCCCUCUGAGUUCCAGCAGCUUCCUGUUGGAGAGAGCUUGGGCUGGUUUUGCUUAUUUAUUCAGGUGUGUAUAUAGAGCUCAGUUAACGGACCUGACUUGAAUCUUUAUUACAAGAGUUAAUUCAUAUGUAAAAUUCAUAAUUAGCAAACAUAGAAGAAUUGUUUUGCUGACUUAUAGAAUUGACCUAAUGGUGACGUUGGUUUUCUCUCUUCAAACUGUGACAUUGACAAUGAGACUAAAGGGAUCCAUUUCGGAAAUGGGAAUUGUUCCCUGUGUUGCUUAAACAGAAACCUCUCUCGCAGUUAUUUUCCAGACUGAGUGUGGUUGACUCUUCGAAUUACUCUGUGAGCUGCAUGGGUCCAAUGGUUAGGGUUUCAUUAGUGUGUAUACAGCGAGUCCUGUUAGUAAAGAUUGAUUGCACUUGAAUUUCUGUAAACUCAGUAUUACUUUGCACAAAUGGCACAAUUUGUAUUGGUACAAUUUGUAUUGGUAAUUUUUAUUAUCUGUGGUUUUGUCAGUGAUCUUUACACAAUGAUACUCAUUACAUAAUGAGAAUGCACUUUCAGGGAAAGUAUAAGCGGACUGUUUUCUAUAGGGGUUUACUUUUAUAAUCUUUGUACAUCUGGGAUUUUGUCUUUUGUAAUUUAUGUAAAUUACCUGGUCAUUAUUACAUUGCUGUUUAGUACAUUACAAAUCAAUGAAAUACACUUGAAGAGUAGUAACUGUUGUAAAGUACUUUGAGACAGCCUGAGGUUGUGAAACUUGCUGUAAAAAUUAUAUUUAAUAAGGACUCACUUUAUGGUGUGUAUCUGUAAAUGUUUCUUCUGUGUAAAGUGCAAUAGGCUAAAAUGCUCAAUAAAUGUAUUUAUUGGU